AUGAUGGCCAUGAACGCCAAGCAGCCGUUCACUAUGCACGCCGCCCUCCAGGAGCCCAAGUACUCCAGCUUGCACUCCAGUUCAGAGGCGAUGCGCAGAGUUUGCCUUCCAGCCCCGCAGCUCCAGGGCAAUAUAUUUGGAAGCUUUGAUGAGAGUCUGCUGGCCCGUGCAGAAGCUCUGGCGGCUGUUGAUAUUGUCUCCCACGGCAAGAGCCAUCCUUUCAAGCCCGACGCGACCUACCAUACCAUGAGCAGUGUCCCAUGCACGUCUACCUCCUCCACAGUGCCCAUCUCGCACCCCUCGGCCCUGACCUCGCACCCGCACCACGCCGUGCACCAAGGCUUGGAUGGAGACCUCCUGGACCACAUCUCCCCCUCGCUGAGCGUGAGCGGCAUGGGGGCCCCCGACCACACGGUGAUGCCCGCCCAGCUCCACCCGCACCACCUGGGCGCCAUGGGGCACCUGCACCAAGCCAUGGGCAUGGGGCACCCCCACGCCGUCUCCACCCACAACGGCAUGCCCUGCAUCAGCGACGUGGAGUCGGAUCCCAGGGAGCUGGAGGCUUUCGCCGAGAGGUUCAAGCAGCGGCGGAUCAAGCUGGGGGUGACCCAGGCGGACGUGGGGGCGGCCCUGGCCAACCUCAAGAUCCCGGGCGUGGGCUCGCUGAGCCAGAGCACGAUCUGCCGCUUCGAGUCCCUCACCCUGUCCCACAACAACAUGAUCGCCCUGAAGCCCGUGCUGCAAGCCUGGCUGGAGGAGGCUGAAGCUGCCUACCGCGAGAAAAACGCCAAGCCCGAGCUGUUCAACGGCAGCGAGAGGAAGCGCAAGCGGACCUCCAUCGCCGCCCCCGAGAAGCGCUCCCUGGAAGCCUACUUCGCCAUCCAGCCCCGGCCCUCGUCCGAGAAGAUCGCGGCCAUCGCCGAGAAACUGGACCUGAAAAAAAACGUGGUGCGGGUUUGGUUCUGCAACCAGAGACAGAAACAGAAGCGCAUGAAGUACUCGGCGGUGCACUGACU